AUUGCAAGCUGAGAUGGUAUAAUCGGCGCAUGAAGCUCCUCUGAUGUAAACGAAGCCAGACGUGGUCGCAAUCUGUCAGGCUUUGCAGGAUGUUCAUGACCAGCAAGCAUAUGCUCGAGCCACUCAAAUCGCCGAAGCCGCGACGUAGCGACCCAAGCUGGCCUCCCUGGCGAAGAAGCGUGAUCACCCUCCACGAGUGUACAGGUCAGUUCCUGUUGUAGGCCAGGGUACCCUCUCAGUCAAUGCUGUCGCACUUCCAAGGCUCAACGAUAUUGCAUUCGUACAAGUGACUAACAAGCAAGGUGCUCCGGCGGAGUCUUUCACCACUUUCUUGGAAUGCGACGGUGCAGAUGGUGACGAUGAAAUGAUGGACCUCGAUGCAUAUGUGGGCAUCUGUCCCCAGUUCCAAUCAGGCAAGGGUGGUACACAUGUCGACGAUGCCAAUCAUCCGUGCAACAAAGACCAUCCGUACAUUUUAAAGUGGAACUUUCCCUGCCCUUAUCGGGUCCAGGUCCAAAGGACUGACUGCCCGUUUGGUCCGACAGGUUGCAAGUAUGUGCACGAGUCCAUUAUCUUGCCAAUGGAACAGCAGCAAAUCACUCUGCAUGCGGCGCCUCAAGGCUCUGGUGUGCGAGCUGCGGCGCCACUCCAGAUGCAUGUACAAGGACUGCUCAACCAGAACACGAUUACAAACCCCGAUGCUCAAUUCUUCCUCCUAGCUGGUAAUGGCGCUACAAUGGACUCCAGGGACUCCGACAACAUCUGUAAGAGAUUCGCCAAUAAAAAGUGCAACGGCAGCGGCAACGGCAGCCCACGCAUCCAUCUACAGAAUGGCAACCGGCCUGCAUCUGGCCCUUCGAAUCCGCAGCAGAAUCAACCUCAAGGCACCGGAAAGACAGAGGAACAACUCAUAUUAUGCAUCCACUUCGCAGCCGGCAACUGUCGAGCCGGCAACACCUGCAAUAACAGCCACGACCCGCACGACGCCCCCACCGGCACCAACAACACCCGCACGCCCAACCUAAAGCAGCCAUGCACCCAUGAGCGCAAAGGCCCUUGCACGCGUGCAAAGUGCUAGUACCAGCAUAGCAACACCAGGUCCACCAACUACGGGAAGGUACCGCCCGCGCCCCAGGGUCAAUCGUUACAGAUAUAUCAAAGCAUUUGAAGCGAAGGAGUAUCCUGAAGAAAGCCGGCCACGCAUCGACAAGUAGGUGAAUUACCCCUUCACCCUGGGCAUUGUAACCCGUGUUAAGCAGUAUGGAAGACGAC